AUAUGAGGCCAAGAAGAAAUGGGGCGCCAGGUCAUGCAGAACCCUGUUGACAACUCCAGAGACUUUGGCUUUUUCUCCGUGUGACAUGCGUUUUGGGGAGAGGAAGAAUGCGUUCUAACUCAGGCUGCUGCAUAGAGAAGGAGCACAGAACCAAGAAGGGUGGAAAACACUCAGGCUACUGCUGUCAUCUAAGGAAGCGCAAUAGUGGUGUAGACCAAGUGGUGCUGAUGGAGGUGGUAACAAGUGGUCACAUUCCAUGUAACUUCUGAAGAGUCCAUAGGAUUGACUCCAAAUGGAGUCUCGGCCCUGGCACAGCUGAAACUUUAGGCUAAAUAAUUCAGCCAUUGCUAAAAUAUCCCUGCAUCACCAAAUCUCCCCUGGGGGCACCUCUCCCUGACCUACCAGUCUAAGAGGUGAGUGUGAGACUCCAGCUGCCCAAACAGAGCCUUUCCUGGCAUCUUUUGAACUGGAGCUAGAAGGGCAGGUUCUUUUUUCCCAGUCUAAGAUUUUAGGGACACCGAUCAGGCACCAUGCUCCCAGCACUUGGAGAAAGCCCUUCUGCUAUGGGCAGGUAUGAAGCUGGCACACAAGAGCACAGGGUUGGAGAGAAAGAGGAACUGAGGAGUUUGCUCACGGUGUCCAUGACCGGGAAUAACCCUCAGCAGCAGCCUCCUCACUGAAUUGUUCCUGUGAAACGUUUUUUGCAAAAGGUCAGAUAGCUUUUACAUUUGUAUGGUAGAGCUGGGAUCUGAACCCAGUCUGUAAGGGCCAAAGCCACCAUCUACUCCCUUUUGAUGCCCACCCCGGGGGAAGGUAGGGGAUACCUGGGUUCUGAGUGCUUUAAGAGGCUCUGGAAAAAGCGGCCACUCCUGGCUGGGGAGCCCUAUAGACAGGCAGGCUCUAGUUCCGCCCCCUGUGAUCCAACAGGGGCCCUAGAGACAGAUCAAGUUCUAUGGGUUCUAAGCACCGCCUCACCUCCCAGCCCCUUCAUCAGGGAAAGUGGGAAGAAUGGAUAAGCACGGCGCGAAGACUCCCUUGUGGAAGAAGGAACUGGAGGAGCCCCGGGCCAGGGAGGCGGAGCAGGAGCUAGUGGACGAAGAAGAGCCGGAGGAGGACGAGGACGAGGACGAGGACAGGGAGCGGCUGGCCUCAGAGAGCGCGGCCGGGGGCGAGGAAGCGCCCAGCGCCGAGGGCGAGGAUGACGGCCGCGAGCGGGGCUCGGUGUCCUACUGCCCGCUGCGGCAGGAGUCGAGCACCCAGGAGGUGGCGCUGCUGCGGCGCGCGGACCCGGGCUUCUGGGGCUGGUUCAGCCCCUUCGCGCUGCUGAGCGGCUGGGUGGCCGCCGCUGACAGGAACCGCAGCCCCCCUGAGGAGCGGUGCGUGCUGGAGACGCGGCAUCUGCGGCCGAGCCGCGGGGGCUGUGCGCGCUGCGAGGUCCUCUUCUGCAAGAAAUGCAGCACCCUGCACAGCCACCCGGCCUACGUGGCACACUGCGUUCUGGAGCACCCGGAUCUGGGUAGGGCAGAGGCCGCCGGAGGCUCUGAGCUCCCCGACUCCCAGCCUUUGUGUCUUCCACCCUUGCCUGACGCCUCCACCAGGGGAGAAGCCCCCUGUUAGUGCGGGGUUCCCACCUGUCAUCUAGCGGGCUUCAGCCAUGCCGAGCCCGGGAUAACCAGGCGCGCGCGACACCCGCAGCACCCUGCACCUACCUAUAGCCCACCCGACCCUCGUCUCCGAUGCAGCCGUACGCAUAUCUCGAAGAUGGACAGAAGCAGCGUUUCAGGGAUUCCCUCAUCCCACUGAGCAGCUGUCCCCUCCCCUCGGGGCAUUCAAUAAAGCCUCUCAUCAAA